AGCUGAACUUCAAGGCGUGACAAUUGUCCUUUGCCCCUCCCUCCCCCGCACUCCCCCACGGGUCACCUGCUUAUUUAAACCAGGCGUGCCUGAAGUGCCCGCUGAUACAAUCUGCUCCCUGGGGCUUCUCUGGGUGGGGGUGGGGGAGGAGAGGCUGGUGGCUCCAGGUAUCACCUGCCCGCGGGCCCCCCAGUGUCCCAACGGUGAUCCCCGGGCCACCCCAGCCCCCACACUUGGUGAACUCUCGGGGGAGGACGGACUCCUCAAGUCCCAGGCUUUGAGGGCGCGCCACUGAUGGCACCGGGGUGCAGGGUUUUCCGGGGCCAGCCGAGGAGAGCCUGAGCUCCUUACCUUGGCGUAGCGCUCAGGGCUCAGGGCGGACACGUCGGGCAACGCCUGGAAGACGCCUCUCAUCUCCGCAGGGCACCACACCCCCUGCGCCCAGGGUUUUCAAAAGCAAAGCAAAGGAAGUAGAGCCGCUGCGGAGCCGGCACCGGAGGCGGCACCGCGGGGUCUGGGCUGUGCAGUUCAGGGGUCCGGGCUGCGCCUGGCGGGGGUCCGGGCUGCUCACCGUGGAGUGGCUUCCCACUCUCCCCCAAGUUUGCGCGCAAGGCACCCACCCGGGGCCACCGCGCAGCAACCAUGGAUGCGCGGCGGGACAUCGGCGGCUUCGUGGUGUGGGACUACGUGGUGUUCGCCGGCAUGCUGCUCAUCUCGGCCGCCAUCGGCAUCUACUACGCCUUCGCGGGGGGCGGCCAGCACACCUCCAAGGACUUCUUGAUGGGGGGGCGCAGCAUGACGGCCGUGCCCGUGGCGCUGUCCCUCUCCGCCAGCUUCAUGUCAGCCGUCACCGUGCUGGGCACCCCCUCUGAGGUCUACCGUUUUGGAGCCAUCUUCAGCGUGUUUGGCAUCACCUACUUUCUUGUGGUGAUCAUCAGUGCGGAGGUCUUCCUCCCCGUGUUCUAUAAACUGGGAAUCACCAGCACCUACGAGUAUUUAGAACUUCGAUUUAACAGAUAUAUUCGUCUCUGUGGAACAGUCCUCUUCAUUGUUCAAACAAUUUUGUAUACUGGAAUUGUUAUUUAUGCCCCUGCCCUGGCUUUGAAUCAAGUCACAGGAUUUGAUCUGUGGGGUGCAGUGGUGGCAACAGGUGUGGUAUGCACAUUCUACUGCACACUGGGUGGUCUCAAAGCAGUUGUCUGGACAGAUGUUUUUCAAGUUGGAAUCAUGGUAGCUGGAUUUGCAUCUGUGAUUAUACAGGCGUCAGUGAUUCAAGGUGGCAUCAACAGGAUUUUAGAUGAUGCCUAUACCGGUGGAAGAUUAAACUUCUGGAAUUUUAAUCCUAACCCUUUGCAAAGACACACGUUCUGGACAAUUAUUAUAGGAGGGACCUUCACGUGGACCAGCAUCUAUGGCAUCAACCAGUCUCAAGUGCAGAGAUACAUUUCCUGCAAGAGCAGAUUCCAGGGAAAGCUGUCUCUUUACAUCAAUCUUGUGGGGCUCUGGGUCAUCCUCACCUGCUCUGUGCUGUGCGGACUUGCUCUGUACUCAAGGUAUCGUGAAUGUGACCCUUGGACAUCCAAGAAAGUAUCAGAAGCAGACCAGCUCAUGCCUUAUUUGGUACUGGACAUUUUACAAGACUAUCCUGGAGUUCCUGGACUUUUUGUGGCCUGUGCUUACAGUGGAACAUUAAGCACUGUGUCCUCCAGCAUUAAUGCUUUAGCAGCAGUCACCGUGGAAGAUCUGAUCAAACCUCGCUUCACAUCUCUCUCAGAAAGAUCUUUGUCUUGGGUUUCCCAGGGAAUGAGUGUGCUGUUUGGAGCCCUGUGUAUUGGAAUGGCUGCUCUGGCAUCACUAAUGGGAGCUUUGUUACAGGCAGCACUCAGCAUAUUUGGCAUGAUUGGUGGACCACUUCUGGGCCUGUUUUCUUUGGGCAUUCUAGUUCCCUUUGCCAACUCACUUGGAGCCUUUGGUGGUCUGUUGGCUGGAUUUGCCAUGUCUUUAUGGGUUGGAAUUGGAGCUCAGCUUUAUCCACCACUUCCUGAGAGAACUUUGCCAUUAUCCCUUGAAACCUAUGGGUGUAACAGCACCUACAAUGGGACAGAUUUGAUGACAACCACAGAAAUGCCAUUUUAUACUAGUGCUUUUGAAAUACAUAACGUUGAAAGGACUCCACUGAUGGAUCAUUGGUAUUCUUUAUCAUAUCUGUACUUUAGUACCAUUGGAACUUUGACAACAUUUCUUGUCGGUAUACUGAUCAGCUUAUCAACAGGAGGAAGAAAACAGGACUUAGACUCCAAAGUCUUACUAACCAAAGAAGACUUUUUAUCAAAUUUCAGCUUCUUAAAGAAACAAAAUCAUGAUUUGAGCUACAAAUCUCAUCCAGUGGAAGAUGGUGGAAUGGACAAUCCAGCCUUCAACCACAUGGAAUUGAACUUCACAGAUCAAAAUGUCAAGGCCAAUGGGACUCGCUUGUGAAGCAGCUUCAAUGUCAAGUGAUCUUAUGACUCAAUUUUAUCUCUUUGCUAGGAUCAUUAGAUCAAAUUCAGGUGAUUUUUCCUUCUUUCCCUUUCUAUGAUGAUUUAUGGAUGUUUCUCUAGAAUCAAGAGUUUCAGCACCAGCAUUUUGCUCUCUGUCAAUGAGCUACCAUUGUAAAAAUUAGGACUAUAGGAUACUUGAUAGCCAAAGGCAUGUUCAUUCCCCACCCCCUCAUUUUUUGUGCUAGUCUUGGGGCUUAAACUCAGGGCUGGGCCACUGUCCUUGAGCUUCUUUUGCUCAAAGUUAGUGCUUUGUGACUUAAGCCACACUGAUACUUCCAGC